GAAAAAGAUUUUGACUUGGAACUAGGCUCUGUCUGUCGUGUGUCUCCCUGUCUGUCUCUGAUCUCAUUCCUCAUCCCUUUUCAUUACCGACCCACCCUUACCCAUUUUCACUCGCAUUUCAUUUUCCCCCCUUUACUCUCUCUUGCUCUUCAUCUUCUUCCUCACUUCCUGUCACCCAAUCCUGUGCCUCCUUGCGCUUCUGGGUUGUUCUGCAAAUCAAUCCACAACCUCCAAUUACCUUGCCCGUAUUUUGGGCUCUCUCUGUACCAUGGAUAGUAUUAAUGGGGGUGAUUCUCGGACACACAUCAGUGAUGAACAACAUUCUUUGCUUGGUCCAUAUGUGCAAGAACAUGAGCAUCAUGAAUUGCACCAUAUGAGCAAUGGGAAUGGGAUUGAUGAUGAUCAGAAUAACGGUGACAAUACUAACUGUGGUGGAGGUGAGAGUGUGGAAGGUGAAGUUCCCUCCAACCAUGGAAAUAUCCAUGACAAUCACACUGUAAUGGUGGAUCAAGCGAGUGAUGGUGGGGAUCAGCUUACAUUGUCUUUUCAGGGCCAGGUUUAUGUCUUUGACUCGGUUUCACCAGAUAAGGUUCAAGCUGUACUGCUGUUACUGGGAGGCCGUGAAAUACCUCCAACUGGGCCUGCUAUGCCAGUUUCUCCUCACCAGAAUAACCGGGGGUUUUCUGGUACUCCACCAAAAUUCAGCGUCCCUCAGAGAAUAGCAUCAUUGAUUAGAUUUCGUGAAAAGCGGAAGGAACGAAAUUUUGAAAAAAAAAUCCGUUAUACUGUUCGUAAAGAAGUAGCGUUGAGGAUGCAAAGAAAUAAAGGUCAGUUUACAUCUACCAAGUCCAACCAUGAUGAAUCUACUUCAAAUGCAACAAAUUGGGGAACAAAUGAAAACUGGACGGGAGACAAUAAUGGAUCCCAACAGCAAGAUAUUGUUUGUAGACACUGUGGCACCAGUGAGAAGUGCACACCAAUGAUGCGGCGUGGGCCUGAAGGGCCAAGAACCCUCUGCAAUGCUUGUGGACUUAUGUGGGCAAAUAAGGGAACUCUGAGGGACUUAUCAAGGGCAGCAGCACUCAUGCCUGGACCAAAUUCUUCAUUAAACAAGAAUGAGAACAAAAACCCAGAGGCCAGCCAGAUAGUGCUUAGAGUCCCAGGAGAUGCUGAUGAAUCAUCAUCAUAGACCUUUAUAUUUUUGUCAUAUAAAGGGCUAGUUCGGCAUUUUUGGCGUAAAUUUUUGAAUGAGCUUUCUGUUUUAUAUAUUAGUAAAACCAUGUAAUAUUGCACAGCUAGUUCUUUUUGGACAAUUUGAUUCAUGUUGGGUUCCAAACAGCUCUAAUGAACUCUCAGAGGUUUUUUGAGUUUGAGCAGUUGAAUUGUAUUUUAAGAAAAUUGGUCUUUAUGUUUGUUUAGUUAAUGAAACUACUUAAAAUCGGGAAGGGGUUCAAAGACAACUUUUUUGAA